GGCACUCACGCUCUAGGAUCCCCAAUAUCUUUCUUUUUAUCUCUGACCACAAGCAAUAAUACCAACCGCCCACUUGCCUUCGUUUAGCACAGAAAAAGAACAAACCAGCAUGCAAGUCCUUUCUGUCAAUUUCUGGUCUUCGCUCAUUUCCCUUUUCCUCCCUUUCAUCGAUUUAGUCACUUGUAUUAUGGUUCUUUUCCGUCCAAAAGUUGCAACCUUCCCCUGUAGCAAGUCCAUGCAGUUCUUCCUCAUUUCCUCUUAGACCGACAUAAAAUUAUUCUGAGAGCUUAUAAAAUUGGUAUUGGUGGUUGGUUUCUAGAUUGAGCGUAUGCCUGGAAACAAGUACAACGGUAAUUCGCCGCAUAUACCAACUCGCACGGAACGCCUUUUGCGUGAUAGAGAGCUAAGGGAGCAAAGGAAAAGCAACAGAACUUCCCAUUUAGAUGAAGUGAUUGAUAUUCGUAAGGGGGCUGAAGUAUCUGAGAAUGGACCACGUUUUAGAGAAGGUGACAACUCUAGGGCUGCUUUUGUCGAAAAAUACUUGGAAGACGCUGCAGUUGCAAGGGCACUGACUGAGGGAUGCGAAAGACAAGAUGGAAGGCCUUUUAGGCAACGACUGUUGGUAGUGGCCAAUAGGCUUCCUGUUUCUGCCGUGAGGAGGGGUGAAGAUUCAUGGUCACUGGAAAUAAGUGCUGGAGGUCUUGUAACUGCUCUCUUGGGUGUCAAGGAGUUUGAAACAAGGUGGAUUGGAUGGGCUGGUGUGAAUGUUCCGGAUGAGAUUGGACAGAAGGCACUUACUAAAGCUUUAGCUGAAAAGUGGUGUAUCCCAGUAUUCCUUGAUGAAGAGAUUGUUCAUCAGUACUACAAUGGUUAUUGCAAUAAUAUAUUGUGGCCUCUAUUUCACUACCUUGGACUUCCUCAAGAAGACCGCCUUGCUACUACAAGAAGUUUCCAGUCCCAGUUUGCUGCAUACAAGAAAGCCAAUCAAAUGUUUGCUGAUGUCGUAAAUAUGCACUAUGAAGAGGGGGAUGUUGUCUGGUGCCAUGAUUACCACCUAAUGUAUCUUCCCGAAUGCCUGAAGAACCACAACAAUAAUAUGAAAGUUGGUUGGUUUCUACAUACACCAUUCCCUUCUUCUGAAAUUCAUAGGACACUGCCAUCCAGAUCUGAGCUUUUGCGUUCAGUUCUUGCUGCUGACUUGGUUGGUUUUCAUACCUAUGACUAUGCCAGACAUUUUGUUAGUGCCUGUACUCGAAUUCUUGGAAUUGAGGGGACACCUGAAGGAGUCGAGGAUCAAGGGAGGCUGACCCGUGUUGCUGCGUUUCCUAUUGGGAUAGACUCUCUACGGUUCCAAAACGCACUUCUGGUUCCUCAGGUCCAGGAACACAUCAAAGAAUUGAAAGAAAGGUUUUCUGGCCGAAAGGUAAUGCUUGGUGUUGAUCGUCUUGAUAUGAUUAAAGGAAUUCCCCAAAAGAUACUGGCAUUUGAAAAGUUCCUUGAGGAAAAUCCUAACUGGCGUGAUAAAGUGGUUUUGCUGCAAAUUGCAGUGCCAACAAGAACUGAUGUUCCUGAAUACCAGAAACUUACAAGCCAAGUUCAUGAAAUUGUUGGGCGAAUUAAUGGUCGAUUUGGAUCACUGACUGCAGUACCAAUACAUCACCUGGAUCGUUCACUUGACUUUCACGCACUAUGUGCAUUAUAUGCUGUUACCGAUGUAGCACUUGUCACAUCUUUAAGGGAUGGCAUGAACCUUGUCAGUUAUGAGUUUGUUGCUUGCCAAGAAGCAAAGAAAGGGGUCCUCAUUCUCAGUGAAUUUGCUGGUGCUGCACAAUCUCUGGGUGCUGGCGCAAUUCUAGUAAAUCCUUGGAAUAUCACUGAAGUUGCGGCUUCUAUUGCCCAGGCUUUGAACAUGUCGGCUGAAGAAAGGGAGAAGCGACAUCAACACAAUUUCCAUCAUGUGACAAAGCACACUGCUCAAGAAUGGGCUGAAAUGUUUGUAAGUGAACUGAACGAUACCGUUGUUGAAGCACAGCUAAGGACAAGCAAAGAGCCUCCUGAGCUUCCACAGAAUGAUGCAGUGGAACGUUACUUGCUGUCUGGCAAUAGAUUACUGAUACUGGGUUUUAAUUCAACAUUAACCGAACCUGUGGAUACUUCUGGGAAUAGAAGUGAUCAAAUCAGAGAAAAGAAUCCUAAUUUGCACCCGGAAUUAAAAGAACACUUGACAGCUCUCUGUAAUGAUAAAAAGACGACGAUAGUUGUCCUUAGUGGGAGCAAAAGUGAAGUCUUGGACAAGAACUUUGCGGAGUAUGACAUGUGGUUGGCCGCAGAAAAUGGUAUGUUUCUACGCCAUACAAAGGGUGACUGGAUGACAACCAUGCCAGAACACUUGAACAUGGAAUGGGUUGAUAGUCUGAAGCAUGUUUUUGAGUAUUUCACUGAAAGAACACCAAGAUCAGAGUUUGAGAUCCGCACUACAUCGCUCGUAUGGAAUUACAAGUAUGCAGAUGUUGAAUUUGGAAGACUUCAGGCUAGAGAUAUGCUGCAGCAUCUCUGGACCGGCCCCAUUUCUAAUGCAUCUGUUGAUGUUGUUCAAGGGAGUCGAUCGGUUGAGGUGCGACCUGUUGGUGUUACAAAGGGGGCAGCUAUUGAUCGUAUUUUAGGAGAAAUAGUUCACAACACGUCGAUGACAACACCAAUUGAUUAUGUCCUUUGUGUUGGACAUUUCCUGGGGAAGGAUGAAGAUGUUUAUACAUUUUUUGAGCCAGAGCUGCCUUCUGAUGUAAAUAUGGCAAAAUGCAAGCCAAUCGAUGCACCAAAGUUACCUACUGAGAAAAAGGCUCCCUCGAAGCUUCCAGCAACCAAAAGUGGGCCAAAAUCAUCACAAACAAAGACACCCAAACCAUCCCCGGCUCCUGAUAAAAGAACUGGCAAUAACCAUAGCGGUGGGAGUUCACGGCGUGCAUCACCGGAAAAGGUAAAGGAGAAGGAAAAGAUGGCCUGGAGCGUGCUUGAUCUCAAAGGAGAUAACUACUUCUCCUGUGCUGUCGGACGGAAGCGUACAUCUGCUCGAUAUUUACUUGGUUCAUCAGAUGAUGUUGUCUCGUUCCUGAGCAGACUAGCAAAAGGCACUUGAUAACGCGCCUUCAGUUGUCGACUUUGCAUGUCUAAUAAUUUCUAGCAUUUGAGGACUCCACAAUCAAACGAAGUGUUUCCUUAACAGUCAAGGCAGAUAUGUUGCCAUUGAUCGGCACUUUUCCCUUUGAUUCUCCCAUCCUUCUGAGAACAAACUGUGCAAAGCUAAAGUUUUCAGACAUAUGAACGAACCACAGCAUAGUUCAUUGGGUCAAAAUAUAUAUAUGAUGAAGGAAAACAAUAUAUGGCGACGAAAUUUUCUCUUCAUUGUUGCAUCAGUUUAUACAACAACUACAAUGGCUUCACCAGUAUUUGAAUGUUUAAAUUAUGGUCACUUUUCUCUUUGUAACUUCAACACUUUUGACUUGAGAUUCAUUUAGACAUGCCUAUUGUUGUAUUAAAGGUGGAUACAUCUAUAUACAGAUACAAACAGAGUACCCAGCUGACAAGCUUUGAAAUUCUUUUUUAGGGAAUUUGAAAACUGCUAAUUGACAAAA